AUGCUCCGUCAGCUAAUCCAGGGAGCUGGGCGAUUGCACUACCAGGCUGGCUCCUUUAAGUUUUCCAUCGCAAAGACACCGGUCUCACUUCGCUCGUUCUCCGCCACCACAUCGCAAGCCAUCCGAUAUGGCGGACCAAACGACAAAGUUCGCAUCUUCGAGCAGCCUUCAAGGUCGAGUACUAAGAGAAUCGAGAUAGAUCCGGAUGCUGAAGCCGCCGAUGAGCGAAAAGAGUUGGAAAUCGAGUUGACAAAGUUGGACACGGAACUAGAAGAGCUCAAAAGGGGUCCGUUUACUGAAGAUGGCCCAUUCAUACAGAGCUUGCCAGAGAAAGAUCGAGCUGUCGCUAUUGAGGCCAUACGAAAAUUUGAGGCUAAACAUGGCAAAGACAGCGGUAACUUCGACCUUGGGCAGAUAUUCGACAAGGAACUGGAUGAUAUGAUCAAGGAAGAAUUCGAGCAGAUGGCCAAGGAAGAAGAAGAUAUUUUUGACCCUACGAAGCCUCUAGAAUCGGAUUCUCCUGAAGGCGAUUUAUCGCCUAUGCAUCCUUACGAACUUCGAUUCCACAAGCAACUUGAACUACAUUUGGACGAGUCUGAGAGAGCAAGCAUUAAGGAACUUUGGAAAUGGUAUCAACGAUGUAGAGAUUCUAUUCCAUCUUUUUUACAGAAUCUGGAACCGGAAAUAUGUCAGUUAUUGUGGAAGAUACAGCUGCGCCAAACAGCGCUUCCCACUCGUAUGGCCCAUGUACGAACGCUCGUCGAAGACUUCAAUUCAGUCGGGAAGGGACUUUUGCCUAAUCAAGUCCUUGAAUAUAUUGAUGUACUGCAUGACGGGGGCGAUAUUGAAGAAGCGUUGCAGCUAUGGGAAGAAUCGCAGGCGAUUAUCAGUCAAGGAGAGGGCGAUAUUGAUGCCUACUGGAGUACAGGCGUCCGGCUAUUUGCGGCACAUGGCGAUCCACAGAGAGCUCAAGACAUUGCAUUUGCGUUUUUGACAAGUGAUGGAAGCCGAAAUGCUCGCAUACUUAUCCCAAUAGCCACGGCAUGGACAAAGCAACCCGAUUCUCAGGCUGCUACAAAAGCAUGGGCCAUAUACCUUCAACUCAAGACUUUAUUGGGUUCCGAUAUGAAAAUGGAAGACUACGAUAUACUAAGUACUUCAUUUUUGAACGAUGGCAAAAUCAGCCUUGCCUUAGCUGUUUUCAAAGAUAUGAUGAUCACAGGGAAAGAUCCGGCGAACGAUUCUACAGCAAUUUUCCAGAGAGCUAUCGGUCUUACGGGCCGUUUACGGCAAUCGAACAUUAAGGAGGAAGUUGUUAACAAAAUAUCCCUGUCCGCUCUUACUUUCCUACCUCGUCGGUUGCAAAACAAAUUCUUCUACGCUAGUUGGAUGAAGAAGCUUAUUGGCAUGGGUGAAGUUGACUCUGCUGCGGCUGUUGUCGAACUCAUGUUCGAGAGAGGCGUGAGACCAGAUGCAAUCCAUCUGAAUGGCAUAAUCGGAGGUUGGCUCCGAAAUGGAAGCCCUUCGUCUAGAGACAAGGCUGAACAGCUCGGUUGGUCCAUGAUUCAACACCGGAUUGAUACUGUGUGGAGUAGGAUACGACAUUCAGCAGAGUUGACGAAGCCGUCUGUGCCCGAGCUCCCAGCUGAUAGCCGUGUGCCGAAAUUCCUGAAGAGAAAGCUUCCUCCUGCAAACAUUGAGACAUUUUCGAUCCUGCUUCUUCAUUACACGCGUCGCGGAGACGAUGACAUGGUCAAAUAUUUGAAUAAAUGUCUCGGAGAUGCACAAAUCCGACCCAACUCCUACUAUAUGAACCAUCUUUUAUACGCCGAACUUCGCAAGCAGCGAAUCAAUAGUCUCUGGGAGAAGUUUCAACUUUUGGCUAGAGAAGUAGCCCCUGACCUAGAGACUUUUGCCUGUCUGUGGGACUGCGGCAAACUUCAAUACGAUCGGUUCCGAACAGCAUACGCUACGAAGUUUCCCGAAGUGCGUCAACUUUUUGCAAUCAUGAUGCGGUGGUAUUCCACUCUCGAUGCACGAAAGCAGACCAUUACCCGAGAAGAAUUUUCAAGAGAACUCUACGACCAAAUCAUCCUCUGUUUCUGUCUCUCGAAAGACUUGUGUGGGACUUUAGUUGCGCUCUAUGUAAUGAGGGAUCUAUUCAAAAUAUACCCAGACGAAGGCACAGCCCGCAUGCUGAUACUACAAAUUGCUCGAAUAGCUGGAAAUAUCAACAUUGAUGACAAGGUCGGCCCUCCAGACACUUCAAGGAGAUCUCGGGUCCGAGCACGACGACGCCUGUCUACCACACCACAAUCAAAAGAGAACAUUGAACAAGUUAAAAACAUCCUCGCUACUCUACAAACUAAAAAGGCAUCAAUACUCCAGGCCCAGGGUAUUGAUGUCGAGCACCUCGGCGAACAAGACCGGAAGCAAUACCAAUUAGAGAUUCUGAGUGAACUUCUUGUCAUGGUGAUUGAGCGCACCGUCGUUGUCCCCGCUGGUUCGGAUCAAGUGAAAACUCAGAUUGUUGCUACCAUACAGGAGAUGGGGGUUCCAAAUUUGGCGAUUCGAUUUAAUCAUCAGUCGCUGCAGUGA